CUUUGGCAACUCUGAAGCCGCAGGCCGGCCUCAUCGUGCCCCAGACGGUGCCGUCCUCCCAGCCAAACGUGGCGGGAGCUGGGGAGUCCAUGGAUCUGGGAGAGCUUGCGGGCAUGACCCCCGAGAUCAUCCAGAAGCUUCAAGACAAGGCUACGGUGCUGACCACGGAGCGUAAGAAGAGAGGCAAGACAGUUCCAGAGGAGCUGGUGAAGCCGGAGGAACUCAGCAAGUACCGGCAGGUCGCCUCGCAUGUGGGGCUGCACAGCGCCAGCAUCCCAGGGAUCCUUGCCUUGGACCUCUGUCCUUCCGACACCAACAAGAUCCUCACCGGCGGGGCUGAUAAAAACGUCAUUGUUUUUGACAAGAGCUCGGAGCAGAUCCUGGCGACCCUCAAGGGGCACUCCAAGAAGGUUACCAGUGUUGUCUUCCACCCGUCUCAGGACUUGGUGUUCUCAGCUUCUCCCGAUGCUACUAUCCGGAUCUGGUCUGUGCCCAACGCUUCGUGCGUGCAGGUCGUCCGUGCCCACGAGGGCUCUGUAACAGGGCUGAGCCUCCACGCAACGGGCGACUACCUCCUCAGCUCCUCUGAUGACCAGUACUGGGCUUUUUCAGAUAUCCAGACAGGCCGUGUCCUCACCAAGGUGACAGAUGAGAGCUCUGGCUGUGCUCUCACCUGUGCCCAGUUCCACCCGGAUGGGCUCAUUUUUGGAACAGGGACGAUGGACUCUCAGAUCAAGAUCUGGGAUCUGAAGGAACGCACCAACGUGGCCAACUUCCCAGGGCACUCAGGCCCCAUCACCAGCAUCGCCUUCUCCGAGAACGGCUACUACCUGGCCACGGCAGCAGACGACUCCUCUGUCAAACUCUGGGAUUUGCGUAAGCUCAAGAACUUCAAGACCUUGCAGCUGGACAAUAACUUUGAGGUGAAGUCUCUCAUCUUUGACCAGAGCGGCACCUACCUGGCCCUGG